AUGACAUCAUGUGGGCGAUCAAAAGGGGCCAUAAGGAAGCGGAGGUCCACCUGGAGGGCUGGCGUGAUUGAGCAGGGCGGCAGGCCGCAGUCUGCCAACCCCCUGCCAACCCAGGAGGGUUUCUUCAAAAAGUCUGCCACAGUUGUUUCUAGCAACACUACAAACAGAUCAAUGAUGGGGCGGGACCGGGCCUCCAAGGAUGAGGCGCGGCUUACGCGUGAAGAUUCCAAGGCCACUAAAGAUGAGGCGCGUGUAUCGAAGGCAGCGUCAAAGCGCGAGGGCGAGCGGCUGCGGCGGCAGAGCAGUGACUUUGACAAGACGGAUGACGAGGGGGGGCUGAAGAAGCACCGGUUCAAAAAGGCGAUCGCGGCGACGGUAGGGGCGGCGCGAAAGCUGGGGAAGAAGAAGAGCAGGCGGGAGCGGCACAAUGUGAUCCACAUUGAGGAGCCGCCCCUGUCGGAGCAUGAGAAGCAGGAGGUUAACCAGUUUCGCACCAUGCUUCAAGAAGCAGAGCUGCUACCUGCUCGCCACGACGACUAUCAUACGCUCCUUAGAUUCAUCCGCGCCCGGAAGCACGACCUAGCAGCUGCUAAAGAGAUGUGGACCAAGUACAUUGAGUGGAGGCGGGACUUUGGAACGGACACCAUCGAGAAGGACUUCACGUUUGAAGAGGUGGAGCAGGUGAAGGAGCACUACCCGCAGGGACAUCAUGGCGUGGACCGCGAGGGGUGUCCCAUCUACAUCGAGCGGAUUGGCAAGGUGGACGCACACAGGGUGCUCAAGUACACGACCAUCGAGCGCUACCUGAAGUACCACGUGAAGGAGUUCGAGCUCAUGUUCAGCGUCAAGUUCCCCGCAGCGUCCAUUGCGUGCGGGCGCCACGUCGAGACGAGCACGAGCAUCAUGGACGCCGAGGGAGUGGGCUUUAAGUCCCUGAACAAGCCGGCACGCACUUUGAUCCAGGCGAUUGCUGCGAUCGAUGGGAGCUACUACCCAGAGACCAUGAAGCGAAUGCUGAUCAUCAACGCCGGCCCGGCCCUGCGGAGCAUCUGGUCCAUUGUCAAGGGCUGGAUCGACCCUGUCACCGUCAAGAAGAUUACGGUCCUGGGCACCAAGUACCACAAAGAGCUGUUCGAGUACAUUGACCCGAGCCAGCUGCCCGACUUUCUGGGUGGCACGUGUCACUGCGAGGGCCGCGGAGGGUGCCUCUCCUCCGACAAAGGCCCGUGGACCGACCCCACCAUUCUGCAACAGCUGGCGCUCCGGCAGGCGGCGCAUGGGCGGCUGAGCAAUGGUUAUGGGCACCGUCUGUUGGGAAGUCAAGGGAGCGAAGGGUUCGGCCACUCCACUGACGAGGAAGAGACGGAGGACGAGCGGUCGCCGCAGUUUUCGAAAGAUCCGUCCUUCUUCCGGCAGCUGUCAGGCAUGAGCCGGAAUGACUCCAACAUUCCGGAGAGUGGCGAUGAGGCGCAGAGCGAGCUGCCGGCGGGGCGCCAGCUGGCGACCAUCAAGAGCGCCAACGCGAACUCGGGCGAGAGCACUCCGGGCGCCAGCCCCUCUGGGUCCCUGAUUGAGGCGGUCGCCGCCCAAGAGUAUCAAAAAAUGGUCCGUCCGUCAAACCUCAAACCCGUGAGCCCAAAGCCAGCCCCCCUGGAACUGCCCGACGACCGCCCAGAGCCCACCGGCGGCAUCGGACACACAAUCGUUGACGACCGGGGCGAGAACCUUAGAGAUUCCGAGAUCCCGGGCCCGUCGGACAGCGGCACCGUGAAGCUCAAGGCUUCCCCGUGGACCGUGCGGAGGUCGCUGUCGGCGGGACGGGGGGCAACGAAGGCGCGUCGAUUGUCGGAGCAGUGGACGGCAGACGCGCCGAAAGAGAAGCUGGUCACCAAGGAGGAGGAGCCCAUGGCGGGUGGGGAGACGAAGCCGGGUUAUGCUAACCCCGUGUGGAGGGUCUUCCUAACCCAACUCCUCCCCGCCCUGGCGUCUCUCUGGUCGUUCUGCUUGCGACACGUGGCCGGGGUGGGAGAAGGCAGUAAAAAGCAGAUGCAGGAAAGGGGGGGUGGUGUUAGGGCGACGGAGAAUGGAGAGGUGGACGAGAGGAGAGCGCGGGCUGCUGAAAGCAGGCGUGCAGAGGCGAGCGACUCCGCCCUGGCGGAGCGGAUAGAGUCCCUGGAGGCCCAGGUACGGACCCUGGCCGUGUCCCUGACGCGCCCCAACAGCCCCGAGCGCCCGCCGUCGCUGACGGGGGACGGGGAGACGCACAAGAAAGUGGAGACACUGGAACUCGAGCUAGAGACCACGAAAAAGGAGGUCCGGCGAUUAUUGAGCAAGCAGAACGAGCUCGAGAGCUUGAUCAAAGAGCUGCCGGCGAACCGCAAGUUCGCGUGCUUCUGACCACGUCGCUAGUCCCGCUGGCGGCACACUAUGCCACGGGACACACAAAGUCGUCAAAGGUGGGGUAAGGUCGAGCCGAGUCCCUGCAGUCAGGUGUCGUCUGGGAAGCAGUUAAUGUCGGGAGUGAGGGUCCGUCCUGUAAAUACGCCCUGGAGGCGAUAGGAAAAAUUGCGAAGGCUAUAAAAAUCGUUCACAAACACCUAAGUCUGCGGCGGUAGAGUCGAGCGACAGGAGCAUAGUUUUUGAGUCGAGAAUGACGUGUACCAUAGCGCAUGCCUAACACUGAUAAAUGCGUGCGAUGGCAAGGUCGAGUCUGUACCAAACCGACAAUUACGAACCGGCUGGCACUCCAUUUUUCUCAGAGCUAUUCCUUACUUACUGGCACUUGAGCCUGCAGGACGUUCUUGUGCAUGCAGCCAG